UGGCUCUAACGCCGGCCGAACCAUACGUAUGGAGCGGUCGCUCGGACGCCAUUUUGGCUCAGCAGCUUCUUGGGCGACAGAUUUGUGGAACUCGGAGGGAGCAGCAUCCGACUAGCGGCGGAGGAAACGUUCUGCAACACGCCGCGGCGUUGUCAUUGGCAUGAAGGCGGAGGUCUUCCAUUCGGGCUCGGGAAGGUGGUUUUAGCCGCACAUGAGAGACGGGAUGGCGGGGUGAAGACUCCGAGGUGCGGGGCGCAACCAAGCGGCCGUUCCCAUCUCCAGCUAGCCCGGAAAGUCCAGCCUCUUCAAAGCCACCAGAUCCCCGGCAUGGACUGGAAGACUCUGUGGAUGUCAAAUACUUUGCCCCCGGUGAAAUAAUGGCGAGCCCAGGCAUGCGAAGGAGGAACAUGUCCACCCCCUGCGGUCCCGUCUGGGGUUACUGUUAGCCCGCUAGCUACCUAGCUAGCCCGCUCAGAACCAUUAAAGGUGGGACGGGCGGACUUGGAGUCUUUGGGCGGCCGCCGCCUUUCUAGUCGCCGUGAAUAAGACGUGCUUGUUACCAAGUGUCAGCGAUCUGGUUUUAAUUAGAAGCUCCAGUGCACACCCUUAAGUGUUUGCAAACGGGGCUCUCUGCAGAGAGCAUCCCCCCUUCAGCCUUUGGACCAUGGCGGACGACGACGUGCUGUUUGAGGAUGUCUACGAGCUGUGUGAAGUGAUUGGCAAGGGACCCUUCAGUGUGGUGCGCCGCUGCAUCAACAGGGACACAGGCCAGCAGUUCGCUGUAAAGAUCGUGGAUGUGGCCAGUUUCACCUCCAGCCCCGGCCUCAGCACGGAAGAUCUGAAGCGCGAGGCCAGCAUUUGUCACAUGCUGAAACAUGCUCACAUCGUGGAGCUGCUGGAGACGUACAGCUCUGACGGCAUGCUGUACAUGGUCUUUGAAUUUAUGGACGGUGCUGACCUCUGUUUUGAAAUCGUAAAGCGGGCUGAUGCUGGAUUUGUGUACAGUGAGGCUGUGGCCAGCCACUACAUGAGGCAGAUUUUGGAGGCACUUCGCUACUGUCACGACAACAAUGUGAUUCACCGUGAUGUCAAGCCUCACUGUGUGCUGCUGGCCUCCAAGGAGAACUCUGCUCCCGUCAAGCUGGGAGGCUUUGGAGUAGCGAUCCAGCUUGGAGAGUCAGGCCUGGUUGCCGGAGGUCGUGUCGGCACUCCCCACUUCAUGGCUCCAGAAGUUGUCAAGCGAGAGCCAUAUGGCAAACCGGUGGACGUGUGGGGAUGCGGGGUUAUCCUCUUCAUCCUUCUGUCGGGCUGCCUGCCUUUCUACGGCACGAAAGAUCGACUGUUUGAGGCCAUCAUUAAGGGCAAAUACAAGAUGAACCCACGUCAAUGGGCCCACAUCUCGGAGAGCGCCAAAGACCUGGUGAGGCGUAUGUUAAUGCUCGACCCCGCAGAGAGGAUCACUGUUUACGAGGCGCUCAACCAUCCUUGGCUGAAGGAAAGGGACAGGUACGCCUACAAGAUCCACCUUCCUGAAACAGUGGAACAGCUGAGAAAAUUCAAUGCCAGGAGGAAGCUGAAGGGUGCAGUGCUGGCUGCUGUAUCAAGUCACAAGUUUAACUCUUACUAUGGAGACCCUCCUGAGGAGCUACAUGACUUUUCAGAAGACCCAACCUCUUCAGGACUGCUAGCUGCAGAAACAGGGGCGGUGUCACAGGUUUUGGAUAGCCUCGAGGAGAUUCAUGCGUUGACGGACUGUAGCGAGAAAGAUAUGGACUUUCUCCACAGUGUAUUCCAGGAUCAGCAUCUCCACACCCUCUUGGAUCUGUAUGACAAAAUCAACACCAGGUCGUCUCCGCAAAUUCGGAAUCCUACCAGUGACGGCGUGCAGAGAGCCAAAGAAGUACUGGAAACAAUCUCAUGUUACCCAGACAACACAGAGGCAAAGGAGCUCAGGAGGAUCCUUACACAACCACACUUCAUGGCUCUGCUCCAGACCCACGAUGUGGUGGCCCAUGAAGUUUACAGCGACGAGGCGCUGAGAGUGACGCCCCCUCCCACUUCCCCUUACCUGAACGGAGACUCACCAGACAGCACCAACGGAGACAUGGACCUGGAGAACGUCACUAGAGUUCGCCUGGUGCAGUUCCAGAAAAACACCGAUGAGGCCAUGGGCAUCACUCUCAAAAUGAACGAGCUCAACCACUGCAUCGUAGCCAGGAUCAUGCACGGUGGAAUGAUUCAUCGACAAGGGACUCUGCACGUCGGAGAUGAAAUUCGAGAGAUUAAUGGCAUCAGUGUUGCCAAUCAAACAGUAGAGCAGCUCCAAAAAAUGCUGCGAGAGAUGAGAGGAAGCAUCACGUUCAAGAUUGUGCCAAGUUACAGGUCCCAGUCUAAGUCUUUUGAGGUACAGAACCCAAACCUGUUCCGCCUUACAAGACCUAAAGAAAAUCAAAUCAUGGGAGCGUUUGUGUUGCAGAAGGAGUCCCCGGAUUUGUCUCAGCAUUCGGCUGCAAAUGGCCAUGCUAGCGUCACCAGUUCCAUCCUGGAUCUACCCGCAACAAUUCAACCCAAAGGUCGUCAGAUCUCCAGACCUGCCAUCAAGGACAAAUUGUCCAUCAAGAUUUAUGUCCGCGCUCAGUUUGAGUACGACCCGGCAAAAGACGACCUCAUACCUUGUAAGGAAGCAGGCAUCCGCUUCAGGGUGGGCGACAUCAUUCAGAUCAUCUCCAAGGACGACCACAAUUGGUGGCAGGGGAAGCUGGAGAACACUAAGAAUGGCACAGCAGGUCUCAUCCCUUCGCCGGAGUUGCAGGAGUGGCGUGUGGCAUGUAUAGCAAUGGAGAAGACCAAACAGGAACAGCAGGCCAGCUGCACGUGGUUUGGCAAGAAGAAGAAACAGUAUAAAGACAAGUACCUGGCCAAGCACAACGCAGUGUUUGACCAACUAGAUCUGGUCACAUACGAAGAGGUGGUCAGGCUGCCUUCAUUCAAGAGGAAAACGCUGGUUUUGCUCGGUGCACACGGAGUCGGCAGGCGGCACAUCAAGAACACGCUGAUCACUAAACACCCCGACCGCUUCGCCUACCCCAUCCCUCACACGACCCGGCCUCCGAAGAAGGAUGAGGAAAACGGAAAGAACUACUACUUUGUGUCUCACGAGCAGAUGAUGCAGGACAUCAGCAACAACGACUACCUAGAGUACGGCAGCCACGAGGACGCCAUGUACGGAACCAGGCUGGAGACUAUCAGGCAGAUCCACGGCCAGGGCAUGAUCUCCAUUCUAGAUGUGGAGCCGCAGGCACUAAAGAUCCUCAGGACAGCUGAGUUUGCUCCCUUUGUGGUCUUCAUCGCAGCUCCCACUCUCACGCCGGGCAUGACCGAGGUACAGGAGGUUCCCAAGUGGUGUCGGAAACUGCCUGACGACUCCCUGCAGCGACUCCAGCAAGAGUCGGAGAUGCUGCAGCUGACGUACGCGCACUACUUCGACCAGACCAUCAUCAACAACGAGAUAGACGACACGCUGCGCCUGCUGGAGGAGUCGGUGGAGCUGGCGUGCAACACCCCUCAGUGGGUGCCCGUGUCCUGGGUGUACUAAAACCUCCUCAACGCAAAGGUGCCACCAGCCGGAAUGUCGUACGAUCCCAAUCCUGUGUUUGUGUAGAUGAAGUGUGGCGCUGAAAAGACAAGACGCCACCGCGCCACUUCACCCAGGGUCCACCCGGGCCCUUUUUAUCUUUCCACGGUCUUGCAGGCCUUAACGUGUACAUAUAUACAUAUCUAUCUGCAAUGAUAUACAUCAUACAAGAAAAGAAACAUGUUACGUGAAUACAGUUCUGUCUGACAUAGUUGAAGGCUAGGAGGGGCGUGGUCUAUAUUUUCUACUUUUUCUUUUCUAAGUGAUGGACGACUGCUAACACUGACAAGGCAAUAGCACGCAUGAGCUGAGGCGGGCGCGAGUGUGUGCCCGCCAGCCCAACUUUCAAGCACACAGGAAGCUGCCACAGUGGGCACAAGUCGCUGGACUCCAAACGCAACAAACUACAACAAAGAAAAAAGCACAGGAAACUUGGCAGUUUCGUUCUCCCGACCUCUUAUUUAUUCCACCAUUUUUUUGAAGGGGACCACGGUCUGUCGACGCCGCGAGACCCCCCCCUGCACCCCCCGCCCAACCGACGAUCGUCUUUGUUUACAUCGGAAUUUGCACAAAAGGACUAUGAAGAACACGUGUACUGCAUCUUGUCGGCUCAUAGUUUUUUGGUUUGUGUUGGAGCGCCGACUGUGAUCCUGGAGGUACAGAACAUCGCAAAGAGAACAUUUAGAUUACGGACCAUCUUCCUCAGUGAGGCGUGGGGGUGUCACCAUCAGCGGUACCAGGAUAGACUUCCCCAUGGUGAGCAUUAGUCUUUCCAAUUGUAAUUGAUGGCCAGUGGUGUUGCGCUUUGUGCUGAAAUAUAUACAAAUAGAUCAGGGGUCGGCAACCCAACAUGUUGAAAGAGCCAUAUUGGACCAAAAAUACAAAAACAAAUCUGUCUGGAGCUGCAAAACUAAUUUAAAAGCCAUAUUUCAUUUAGAUAGUGUGUCAUGAGGUAUAAAUUGAAUUAUGAGUACUUAAAGGAAACAAAAUGAGCUCAAAUAUAGCAACAUAAUGAUGCAAUAUGUAGAUACAGUUAGCCUAAAUAGCAUGUUAGCAUCGAUUAGCUUGCAGUGACCAAAUAUGUCUGAUUAGCACUCCACAUAAGUCAAUAACAUCAACAAAACUCACCUUUGUGCAUUCAUGCGCAACGUUUUAAGUUUGUUGGACAAAAUGAGACAGAAAAAGAAGUGGCAUAAAACACGUCUUAGAAAGUCGGAGAAAAUUCUACAUGUAAACAAACUAGGGUGAGUUCAAGGACUGCCAAAAUUAGUAGGACAAAGGGGCGCUCGCCAAAUACUCGAAUCAGUGAAGCAUGUUUAAUAUAAACAGUGUGCUUUAUAACAAUUAGGAUGGUUUGUGUCAUGUUUGUCCUCCUAUAGCAGGGGUAGGGAACCCAUGUCUCUAGAGCCAGAUGUGGCUCUUUUGAUGACUGCAUCUGGCUCUCAGAUAAAUCUUAGCUGACAUUGCUUAACACGAUAAGUAAUGAAUAAUUCCGCUGGUAGCUUGCAGUCAUGCAGUGACCAAAUAUGUCUGAUUCGCACUCCACACAAGUCAAUAACAUCAACAAAACUCAACUUUGUGCAUUCAUGCACAACUUUAUAAGUUUAGUGGACAAAAUGAGAUAGAAAAAGAAGUGGCAUAAAUCACGUCUUAGAAAGUCGGAGAAAAUUCUACAUGUAAACAAACUAGGGUGAGUUCAAGGACUGCCAAAAUUAGUAGGACAAAGGGGCGCUCGCCAAAUACUCGAAUCAGUGAAGCAUGUUUAAUAUAAACAGUGUGCUUUAUAGCACUUAGGGAGGUUUCUGUCAUGUUUGUCCUCCUACAGCAGGGGUAGGGAACCCAUGUCUCUAGAGCCAGAUGUGGCUCUUUUGAUGACUGCAUCUGGCUCUCAGAUAAAUCUUAGCUGACAUUGCUUAACACGAUAAGUAAUGAAUAAUUCCGCUGGUAGCUUGCAGUCAUGCAGUGACCAAAUAUGUCUGAUUAUCACACUCCACAUAAGUCAAUAACAUCAACAAAACUCAACGUUGUGCAUUCAUGCACAACUUUAUAAGUUUGUUGGACAAAAUGAGACAGAAAAAGAAGUGGCAUAAAACACGUCUUAGAAAGUCGGAGAAAAUUCUACAUGUAAACAAACUAGGGUGAGUUCAAGGACUGCCAAAAUUAGUAGGACAAAGCAGUGCUCGCCAAAUACUCGAAUCAGUGAAGCAUGUUUAAUAUAAACAGUGUGCUUUGUAACAAUUAGGGAGGUUUCUGUCAUGUUUGUCCUCCUACAGAAGGGGUAGGGAACCUAUGGCUCUAGAGCCAGAUGUGUCUCUUUUGAUGACUGCAUCUGGCUCUCAGAUAAAUCUUAGCUGACCUUACUUAACACGAUAAGUAAUGAAUAAUUCCGCUGGUAAUCACAGUGUUAAAAAUAACGUUCAAAAUAUAAAACAUUCUCAUGCAUUUUAAUCCAUCCAUCCGUUUUCUACCGCACCUGUUCAACAAGU